ACACAAGAUGGCGACAACCACAACAUUAGAUGUUUAUUAUAUUAACUAUUUCGCUUUUGCUCAAUGAAGUCGGCACUUAUUAUCCAUUAACAGGUUUCAAGUGAAAUAAACAAAUACCUCAAGCAGUUGAUUAAAGUAUUUUAUUCUGUUGGUUCAUUUGAUCUUAGUCCGAGUGUCCCAGUGAUCGACCACCGACUCGUUUAGUGGUCACUUUCUAUUUGGAUUUAAUCUGCUCUCAUCUCGACACCAAAUUCCGUGCACUAUUUUUGGAUCGACUGUUAAUUGCUAUUACUAUGCCUUGGGAAAACACCAAAAGUGUUAAUAACAAUAAUAACAUCAUCACAAUCAAUAGUAAAUCAACUGGAUCAACUUCAGAAAAGAUUUCAAGCCAAGAGAAACCAAGGAAAAAGUUCACUAUCCCUCGACCUCCACAGCCAUUGAUUACUUUCGAUAAAAAUGAACUUAAAGCUCGACUCACGCCGAUUCAAUUCAGGGUGACCCAGGAAAAAGCAACUGAAAGACCUUUUUCUGGCGAAUAUUUGAAAUUAAAAGACAACGGGAUGUAUUCAUGUUCAGUUUGUGGCGAAGAAUUGUUUUCAUCUACCUGUAAAUACGAUUCUGGAUGUGGUUGGCCCGCUUUCUAUGAUAUAACGAACCCGAGCAAAGUUUCACUCAAACCUGAUCUGUCUCAUGUUGGAGGUAAUUUACUUUUAUUAGCAAUUAAACCCGAUCUUGUGAGAACUGAAGUGAGUUGCGCUAAGUGUGGAUCUCAUUUGGGACACGUAUUCGAUGAUGGGCCAAAACCCACGGGAAUCCGAUAUUGUAUUAACUCCGCGUCUCUCAAAUUCAACCGAAGUAAAAAUAAUCAACCAGACACAAUUGACAAUAGUCCGGAUCUUUCCAUUGCCACCAAAUAAUUUCAUCACAACAAAUUAAACUUCAUUUCUUAAUCAUCUCAAAUUUCACUUUUCCUUCAUUAUGAUUAACUGUCAUUAUGUCACCGACCCUUGACUAUUAAAUCAUUCGUUUAAAAAAUA